AUGAUUGUCUCAGUUUUGGGAUUCAGUUUAGUUUGUUUGGCGUUGUUUGUGGUGAUGAUCGGUAUUGCGUCGUUGGGUCUCGCGCUUUUCGUCAUCCUUAAGGAUCGAUUGUUUCCAGUUGAUGCGAGCGCACAUAUCGGACAGCAGUCUUCUCGAGCUCAACUCAACCACGGUGUUGCUCACCCACCAGCACACAAUCCUAACUUUUAUAACGGAUGUUCGUUUUUGGUUCUGGUCAUUCUCUCUCAUCGAAUUCGAACGUUGUUCUCCAAAAUUUGA